AUGUUCUAUUCUCACACCAUUAUCGCGAAAAAGAGACCCCUGGGGACCGUAUGGAUCACUGCUCACUUGGAGCGAAAGAUCAAGAAACACCAACUCAAUGAAAUCGAUGUUGCCUCUUAUGCUGAAUGUAUCAUGUUCCCUGAAGUUCCAAUUGCUUUGAGAUUAUCAGGACACCUUCUUUAUGGUCUUGUUCGUAUAUAUUCAAUGAAGGUCAAGUACCUUAUUCAGAACUGUAAUAGAAUUGUGGAUGAUAUAAGAAGAGUUUUCACAUCUGUGCAAGUUAAUCUACCAGGUGAAGCGGACCAUGCCCCGUUUGAAUCUCUUACCUUGCCCAGCACUUUUAAUCUUGAUGCCAUGGAGUUGGACUACUAUCCUAUAAAGUAACUUUUGUUUUCCCCUUCUUCUCGGU